AUGGCCUCCUCUUCCGCACAUCCUUCGUUCCCGCCGCGAUCAUCCUACGUCGGCGGGAAACUCCCCGACAGAUCUUUGGGCAAUAACCACCUCCCAUUUGGUGCUUCAGUUCUCUCGCGACGGGAUCGGGGAGACUUUACGGGCGGGGAUGGCAGCCUUUCAAAAUCAGCGCCGGCCCCGCCAGCACAUGCACAACAAAACCUACAUCAACAGCAUGCACAAACCAAUAACAACCCACUCAAUGAGUUGACGGAGGAACAGAGGGAGGAAAUCAACGAAGCUUUUACCCUCUUCGACCUCGACCGCGACCGCCAUCUCGACUACCACGAGCUCCGCGUCGCCCUUCGCGCACUAGGCUUCACCCUCUCCAAACCCGACCUCAUCUCCCUCCUAACAACCUACGGCGUCCCACGCAAUUCACAACAAUCAUCACAACCACCCUCGGCACAACAGCAACGGGUAGCGGGCCAGCGGGGUGGCCCCAACCCGGAGCAGCCCCCACAUCCAUCCAGCCUCCUCAUGCCCCUCUCCGCCUUCCAGACGCUCACUGCGCGCAAGAUACUAGAGCGGGACCCUCGCGAAGAGAUUCUUAGGGCCUUCGAGCUGUUUGAUGAAGGCGGGAAGGGGUUUAUUGAUCUGGAGGACUUGAGGCGGGUGGCGAGGGAGUUGGGGGAGACGGGGUUAGAGGAAGAGGAGUUGAGGGCUAUGAUUGAGGAGUUUGAUUUGGAAGGUGUGGGAGGGGUGACGAGGGAGGGAUUUGUGGGAAUUUGUUUACAGUGA